ACUUCUGACCUUUGAUCAGAACAAACAUGGCGUCUAUCUGCAGAGAAGCGAAGAGCGUCUUCUUCUUACUACUCCUCAUCAAUUCUAUCCCAGCAUGCACUGGGAUCCCAGAAGGACUGUUCAUGGACAGACCUGAAGCCAGCAUCUUCCUGCAUCGCACUCGUCGGGCAAACUUUCUGCUGGAGGAGAUGAGACAGGGAAACCUAGAGCGAGAAUGUAUCGAGGAGAAAUGUUCCUACGAGGAGGCCAGAGAGAUCUUUGCCCUGCCACAGCAGCUGGAGAACUUCUGGAGGAAGUACACAGCUGUAGAUCACUGCUUAUCGUCCCCCUGUAAGAACGGAGCAACCUGCACUCGUCACAUCGACAGCUACAUCUGCAAAUGCCCUCCUGGUUUCCAUGGACACAACUGUGAUAAAGUGCGUUCAACCUUCAAUGGCUGUCGCUUUAGAAAUGGAGGGUGUGAACAUUUCUGCAGAGAGCUUCCGGAUCGUUCUCCCAGCUGUUUCUGUGCACCAGGAUACGGUCUGGACCAGGACAACAAUACCUGCCUGCCCAAAGAAAGCAUCGUCUGUGGAAGACCACAGAUAAAUUUUGCCCCGAGAGUUGUUAACGGGGAGAUCUGUCCCAAAGGACAUUGUCCAUGGCAGGCUGUGCUGAAUGAACAUAACGCGUUCACCUGCGGCGCCAUCGUCCUGUCGGAUCUGUGGCUUUUAACUGCAGCUCACUGCAUUUGGCAGAAACCAGUCGCCAUCUUCCAUGUCAUAGUGGGUAAACACGACCUUAAGGAGAUCGAGAAGACGGAGCAGCAGCGCCGAGUGCUCCAGGUUUUUAUCCACCCCGACUACAACACCACCACCUACGACAGCGACCUGGCCCUCCUGAAGCUUUUCCGACCCAUCAAACUUAACCGCUACGUGAUGCCCAUUUGCCUGCCCGCCCGGAACAGCACCUUUACCCGAACGCUGGCCACCAUCCGCCACUCCACGGUGUCCGGAUGGGGCCGCCUGGUCCAGUUCGGCCCCUCUGCCAGAUUCCUACAGCGCCUGGUGCUGCCGAAGGUCCCGCUGCAGGAGUGCCGCCUCCACACCAACCUCAGCAUCACCAGGAACAUGCUGUGCGCCGGGCUGAAGACGGGCGGCUCGGACACCUGCCAGGGGGACAGCGGCGGCCCGCUGGUCACGCGCUACAAGAAAACCUGGUUCCUGACAGGCGUGGUGAGCUGGGGGAAGGGGUGCGCCAAGGAAAACAUGUACGGUGUCUACGCUAAAGUCAGCAACUUCCUGGACUGGAUCGAGGACACAAUGACCAUCGGUUGAAACUGGCUCAGGUCAAAGCUGCGAUGAGGUCAAAUAUAAUCCAGGAAUAGAAAAGCAGCAAUAAAUGUCAGUGUGUUACUAUUUAAUUACAAUAAAUGCUCAUUACAAGCCAAA